AUGGAUUGGUAUGAAGCAGUGGAAAAGAGACUUAACGGGUUGAAUGAGCUUGAUGAGUUUUGCCUAAAACCAUAUGAAAGCUCAACCAUCUACAAAGUGAAGAUGAAGAACUACCAUGACCAAAAGAUUGAGAAGCGAGAAUUUGCGGUUGGGUACUUGCUGCUUCUUUUAAACUCCAGGCUACGCUUGUUUUUGAGCAAACUCAAGUCCAAGUGGACUGGGCCAAUCCUUGUUACUAAAGUGUUCCCACAUGGAUCAGUUGAGUCGGAGAACAAGAAGGGUGCAAACUUCACUUUCAAUAGGCAAAGAAUCAAGAUCUACUUAGGGCAUGCGGAGAGUGUUCAUGAAGUGGUUGACGCAUAUCACCCUGAUGAAGUCUGA